AUGAAUGGCACAAAAGAUGUGGCACCCACGUGUGUGGUAGCACGCGAUAAGCUGGCGCAUGACGUGUAUCAGUCUGUGCUACGCACACGCCGCUGCGACUGGAUCGAGCUGAUGAACUGCGCACCGAUGGCGAGUCAGUAUCAUUUGAGUGCAUACAGUGUAUUGAAAUUUGGACUUUCUGGUGCACCGUAUGCGUACCUUCCAUUGUCGCUACAGCAGCCGGACCUGACUGAAUCCAUCCUCUCGCGCCAGCAAAAGAACGAAGUCCAUUCAUGGCGGCUCAUGCCGCAUCUAAAUGCUCGCGUACCGAUCCCUGACUCGCACAAUGCUAUCCAAAUGGUUGAGAAACACACAGACGGGGCACAUGAACGAAUUGCACUGGACUUGGAAGUGGCUAUGGUUGACAAGUCACAAGACCGCCACAUGUCUGACACACACGACACGGCGCGUGUCGUCAAGACGAGCAACUCUCACCCGAUCAGGUAUGUAUCUGCCGGUGUCGUACAGCUCACUAUUUCUAGUUUAAGCCCCAUUAUCCCCGUCCAACUUCUCCCAAACAUUUCUGCACGUGUGCUGGGACAUUUGCCACCGGGCCUCAGGCUGAUUCACACUCGCGACGAGCUCGUAGACCUUGCACAUAUCUCGCUCACUGAUACUGUGCCCCGCUCGAGCCUCGGAAUGCACCUCCAAAACAGCUUACAAGAUGCGGACGCGUAUGCCCUUGGGCAGAUUCGGGGCGAGCAUUUGAUCCGCAUGCCUGAAAGCGUGCCGCUUGAGCACAUGCUGUCCGACAAUGGUACGCCAUUGGAUUCAUAUGCAUCGUCGGCACCAAAAACCGAAGCUCCUGUCCUAGGCAACUUGCUACUGUCGUCAUGCCCUGGCAAAAAGGUCCGGCUAGACGAACCAGCGCAAGGUCGCAGCCCUAUAUGUCGUGACCUGAAGAUUGAUCUGGAUCGCAUCAAGCAAAUGGGCGUGCGUGCCAUCGUAUGCUGUCUCGACGACGACGAACUUAAUCUCUUGGGGGCACCUUGUCGUGAGUACAGCGAUGAAGCCCAGUCUCACGGGUUGGACUUGAUUCGUUUGCCGAUUGCCGAAGGCUUUGCGCCCAUACAUAUGGUCCGAUUUGACAUGUUCAUGUCCAUGCUCAUUCUUAACUAUACACUGCGUGGCUCGUCAAUUCUUGUGCAUUGCCGUGGAGGCGUUGGUCGCGCAGGACUGGUCGCUUGCAUUUGGCUGCUGAAAAUGAACUUGAUUGCCGCCGAUCCCGAAGCAGGCCCACGGCUGUGUCCCACGGCCGAUGAAUCUUGCUACGUGCGAAGCACAGUACUUCGCCUCAUCGACAUUGUGCGUAAACGACGCAGCGUUCGCGCCAUUGAAACGGCUGAGCAGGUGCGUUUCCUUAUGGAGUAUGUCCGCUUUGUGUUUUCGCAAGAACGCGCCCAUCACUGCUUGCAGACAUGCGCUGCUACACACUCGUCUUAA